AUGAGCGAAGGCGACCAUACGCCCCCGGGCGGCAAAAGCACCCCACAGCCAGAGACAUCGCGACAAGGCAGCACCCACGGCAGCAACACGCCUUCAACCACAGCAAACACGAGCGCAGCCGAGUUGGCGCGCCGGCGAGCACAGGGCGCCAUACCGCCAACAAGCUAUGGUAUGUUUGAUCCACGCGACCUGCACAGCUUGUUGGCAAGGCCACAGGAUACUGAUGAUAGUGCAGGCUCUAUCACAUCUGGCAUGGAGCGGCGCCAGCAACAGCAGCAGCAACAGCAGCCGCCGACCGCGGGACCAUCUGAACAGUCGGGAGCCAAGCCGAAGAAACCCUCGAUGACCCGUCGCGCCACCUCGUCCAAGUUCCCGCGAAAAGGCGAGGAAUUCAGUGUCGACGAUGCCGAAGAUGAAGUCCAGCUAGACAAGCAGCAAACACAGCAGUCCAAGCAACAGCGCCAACACCCGCUGCGUCGCAAAUCGUCCACAGUCCGCCGCAGACCAGCAGGCCAGCAGCCACCUGCCCUUACCACCAUCGAUUCGACCGAAGACGAGUCAGCCGAGCGGGGGAGUGCUGCGGCCCCCACGGAGCCUGUGGAACAGCCGCAGCCAAGCUCCUCGAGCGAAGAGACGGUGCGCGCCGAUGAGGACGAUAGCAACACGGGUGCUGACGAAGAAGACGAUGACGAGGGCGAUGUCAGCGAUGCCGAGAGCUUUACGUUACGCGACCGUCAAGACGCCAUCAACGUCACGCAUCCCUUCGGUAUCAGGAUCUGGAAGCCUGCCUUGUACAAGAAGGGCCGCUCUGUGCAGAACAAGGCCGAGGCCGACAUUCACUCGUCUCCUGGAUCCUCAGUCAGCAGUUGGUUGCUCAUUUUCAACCUGGUCUGGACACUAUGCUUCGGCUGGUGGCUGGCACUUAUUGCCUGCGCUGGAGGUGUGUUGUGUGCCUUGUUUGGCUAUGUUGACAGCUGCAUGGAAUAUGCAUGGUUGCUCUUCCACUUAGCCGCCUACCUUUUUUACCCCUUCGGCAGAUACGUCAAGCUCCUCCAAGACGAUCAGUAUGUAGAGGAAGACGAAGGCGAGGGUCGCAGUAUCAGCGAAUACGAGCAAUGGCAGAGCGGUGACAUCGAGGAAGGUCGCCUCUUUUUCGGACCUACAACCGGCAGCAGUUCCCUUGUCGGCCGUCGUCGUAACAGCGUCGACUCUACUGGCGACGAAACAACGAGCCUGCUUGGGCGCGAAGGCAGAGCGAGCAUCCAUCACACUGAGACGGCCAAAACCAAGAGGCGCUUAUUCGGACGUGGCCAGUGGACCUUCGGCCGAGUCCUCUUCUUCGUCUUCUUUUACCUUGUCCUCACGCCGGCUCUCUUCCUCGUGUCUGGUAUCUGCUGGUUUCUGGUCUUCACCAUUCCGAUGGGCAAGGUCACGCUCCUCCUGUUCGAUCAUCUGCGGCGCCAUCCCCUGGCGCUCUCGUUCCAUUCCGAUAAUGGCAAUGUGCGCCGUCCUGGCGAGUCUUCCUCCAUUCUGUUGUGCACAUAUCGUGCCGUUGGAAUCAAGUACUGGAAGUACACAAUCGAUGGAACCAACAUAUUCCUCAUCAAUCUUCUCGGUCUUGUCGCCUUUACCAUUUUCGACUACUUUGUUCUGGUUGAAGCGCUUGAAAUGAAGAUUUGGUUGACUGACCAGUUCUUGCUCUUCACGCUUGCCUUGCUCUCCAUCAUUCCCCUGGCAUACUUCAUAGGACAGGCAGUUGCAUCUAUCUCUGCCCAAUCCUCAAUGGGGGUCGGUGCAACUAUCAACGCGUUUUUCUCCACUAUUGUCGAGGUGUUUCUGUACUGUGUGGCGCUCAAACAGGGCAAAGCUCAGCUUGUCGAGGGCAGCAUCAUCGGCAGUAUCUUCGCAGGCAUACUCUUCCUACCAGGUCUCUCCAUGUGCUUCGGUGCACUCAAGCGCAAGACUCAGCGCUUCAACGUACGAUCCGCAGGUGUCACCUCAACUAUGUUGCUCUUUGCUGUCAUUGGUGCAUUCGGCCCAACUCUGUUCUACCAAAUAUAUGGCAGCCACGAGCUUUUGUGUCGUGAUUGCAGUCAUGGGUCUGCAUCAUCAGAGCGGGAUUGCCGUCGAUGCUACUACUCGCAAACGCCAGCACUACACGAUGCCUUCUACAACGAAGCUGUCAAGCCAUAUACCUGGUUCGCAGCGUCCUUGCUGUUCGUUUCGUACCUUAUCGGUCUGCUUUUCACCUUGCGAACACACGCUGCGACCAUCUGGACCGAGCCAGAUGAGAAAGAGAAGAAAAUCUUGGACAUGGGGGCAAGCAGUCUCAGCAACAGUGGUCAUCUCGAGUUCCCACAUUCGUCAUUUGUUCGACAAGCAACUGGGAACUCUGUCUCACGGGCACAUAUACGGGACAGUCAACUGUAUAAGCGCAUCGUGGGACAAACGCUGCAAGAGGUCGGCUAUGGUGCUUCAGAAGAUGCAGCUACCGCCAGUAGACCAGGCUCCAAAUCUGAUGGGAAAACACCACAUGUCGUACCUCCAAAGGACAGCGAACAGCACAACCAGCAUGUGUUCCACGUUGAUGGCCUCACGGACGAUGCUACGCAGUCACUGAUGCGACAAAUCACUGAAAUCGCAGCGACCACUACUGCCUUGGCUACACGGGAUGUUGCACGGGCCCCACACAAGGCUGCUCGUAUGGUGUCCACGCCAAUGAAGGUGCAUGCUGAUCGGCCAGUUAAUACUCGGGCGACAACGGACGCUCCAGAAGAGCAUGACACUGCUGCUUCUGGUGGCCAUGACGCGCCAAACUGGAGCCGUGGGAAGAGUGCAGCUAUCCUGAUGACGGCAACUCUAGCCUAUGCCAUUAUUGCGGAAAUACUGGUCAAUACUGUGGAUGCCGUUCUGGUAGGGUCAUCGAUUGAUGAGAAAUUCCUCGGUAUUACGCUGUUUGCUUUGGUUCCAAACACGACGGAAUUCCUGAACGCCAUAUCCUUUGCCAUGAACGGCAAUAUUGCUUUGUCCAUGGAAAUCGGUUCAGCUUAUGCUCUGCAAGUCUGUCUUCUUCAGAUCCCAGCGCUUGUAUUCUACAGCGCCAUGCACGCGACCAACAUACCCGCCAGCGAGCUUGCAAACCAGACAUUCACCCUCAUCUUCCCACAGUGGGAUAUGGUGACUGUCAUUUUGUGUGUAUUCCUGCUGUCGUACAUGUACGGCGAAGGAAAAAGCAACUACUUCAAGGGAUCCAUCCUUAUAUUGUCAUACCUUGUUGUCAUUGCUGGAUUCUACCUUUCCGGCUUUAUCGACGAGGCAAGAAUGGGUGUCAAUCCGCACGAUACGCUGGCAUUGGGCGGUCUAGUGGAGCUUCAGUCGAUGAACUUCAAGACGCCAGGAAGGCGCCGGAGUGGCUUAGCUUAUUGA